AUGGGCAUGGAGAGGUCCGCAGAGAUGGACAAGUACGACUCACCCAUGGUGGCGUACCUGGGCGCCACCAACAGCUCGGGAAGGAAGGGUCUCCAUGGGGCGGUGCCUCGACCGGCGCUGGCGGCGGCGGUCAAGGGGCUGGCAGGGGCAAAGGCAGUGGGCGGGAGUGGUGCAGAUGUUCCGUUGGUAUGUCCUGUCUUCCCGGCGCUCUGUGGAUCGGUCUUUACCUGGCGGGUGGUGUUUGAUGCGGCACGCGGCGCAAGGGCUACCUUACUUCCGGAUCUCGUGCUCGAGCCGCAGCAGACGGCGCUGCUCACGGCGCGCUGGCCCGAACUGGCACCGGUUAAGGGCUGGACCCGAGACGAUGUCACGGCGCUCGAGCGGCUACUCGCUGGUAUGCUCGACGAGGUGGCCGCCGGCUACCGGGCGUCGCUGAAGGAGCUGUCAGGCAACGCGCUGCUCGGGCUGGAUCUUGCGACGGCGUCGCAGCGCGAAGGCUUUGAGGCCAUCUUGGUCGACGAGCGGCCCGAAGCGUGGCCGAAAGUGACAACGCUUGCUGCUCAGCUGGAGGCGGGACGGGCAGCGGCGGGUGCAAGGUUUGACGGCUGUGGCGAGGGCGCGCUGCCAGCUGUGGCGGCGGGAGCGACCGGGCGCUCCGCAGGCGAGACGAACACUGGCUCUGAUGCCAACCUCUCGUCGUUCCGCAAGUGGGCGGUGAUGCAUGUGCCGCUGGAGGUUGAUCUGGGGCAGUAUGUGCUCGACACUGAUGUGGCAGCGGCAGCUGAGGCACGGGCCGCCGACCCAGACGUUCACACUCUGGUGCUGCGGCUUGUGUACGAGCUCGACAAUGGCGGACUUACCAUCGGCAGCACGCAGGCCUCGCUCAUCGUCUCGAGCUACUGGGUCGACCAGCUGUCGGCGCUCACACUCCCUACAUGGGCCAUGGACACUCCGCUAAUGGACUUUCUCCCAGAAGUGGAGGCGGGCGUGGCACGCCAGCUACCGUUCCUGGCCCAGUCGCAGCUGCUUCGACAGGAUCUCAUCAACGCGCUGCUUGCCGACGAGGCGCUGGCACCGGCGCUCUUGGAGGUCGACCGGACCAACUAUCUCAAGAUCGCGUUCCUGCUGCGGACGGCGCGGGUUGCGGUCCUCGCCACCAUCACGCUCCCGGCGGUCUUUCCGCAGCAGAAGCCCUCCAUUGUCUUUGCCACCCUCGGCCACGUCCAUGCACCGCCGGCCAUCGGGCCCAUCUCCUCCACCUACGACGGCUACCCGUAUUCACCCGAGUGGGACACACCGGCCAUGGUCGCUGCCAUCAAGAACCAGCUCAAGACUGCUAGUCAGACCUUUGUCUCAUCGCUUGGGUAG